UAGAGUACUUCCGGGUCAUCUCCACCGCGACUUCCUGUUUACUCGACGUGGCGAGAGCGACAGCGGUUUGGAAAAGUUCCCGUCCUUCCGGAGCAAAAAUCACAACUUUCGCGGCUUCAGAGACAGCCUACUGGUGUUUGUGUGCAAGACUCGGGUUCAAGUUUGUUCAGAAGAUCUCGGAGGAUGUCGACAAGCAGUGUCCAGAGUUUGGGUGACGUCAGCGGAAAGGCGAAAAACGAUUCUUCUGUGCGAUCUGUCAGAAAGGAGAAACGCUACAGGUGUGAGGAGUGCAGCAAGCAGUUCAGUCGGCUGGGUAAUCUGAAAACACACGUUCGGACUCACACAGGGGAGAAACCUUACAAGUGUGAGGAGUGCAGCAGACAGUUCAGUCGGCUGAAUGAUCUAAAGAGACACAUGGGGACUCACACAGGGGAGAAACCCUACAAUUGUGAGGAGUGCAGCAAGCAGUUUGGUAGACUUGGUCAUCUGAAGAGUCAUAUGCGGACUCACACAAGGGAGAAGCCUUACAAGUGUGAGGAGUGCAGCAGGCAGUUCAGUGAGCUGGGUACUCUCAGGAGUCACAUGCGGACUCACACAGGUGAGGAACCCUACACAUGUGAGGAGUGUAGCAGGCAGUUCAGUCAUCUGGGAAAUCUUAAGAUACACAUGCGGACUCACACCGGUAAGAAACCCUACAGGUGUGAGGAGUGUAGCAAACAGUUCAGUCAUCUGGGUCAUCUGAAGAGUCACAUGCGGACUCAUACAGGGGAGAAACCCUACAGUUGUGAGGAGUGCAGCAAGCAGUUCAGUCAGCUGGGUGAUCUGAAGACACAUAUACGGACUCACACAGGGGAGAAACCCUACAGAUGUGAGGAGUGCAGCAAGCAGUUCAGUCAGUUGGGUGAUCUGAAGAAACAUAUACGGAUUCACACAGGGGAGAAACCCUACAAGUGUGAGGAAUGCAGCAAGCAGUUCAAUCAGCUGCGUCAUCUUAGGGAAACGCACAUGCGGACUCACACAGAAGAUAAACCUUACAGCUGUGAGGAGUGCAGCAGGCAGUUCAGUCAGCUGGGUCAUCUUAAGGAACACAUGCGAACUCACACAGGUGAGAAAUCCUACAGCUGUGAGGAAUGCAACAGGCAGUUCAGUCAGCUGGAUUCUCUGAAGACUCACAUGCGGACUCACACGGGGGAGAAACCCUACACGUGUGAGGAGUGCAGCGGACAGUUCAGUGUGCUUUUAAAUCUGAAGACUCACAUGCGAACUCACACAGGUGAGAAACCCUACAGAUGUGAGGAGUGCAGCAGGCAAUUCAGUCAGCUGGGUCAUCUUAAGGAACACAUGCGGACUCACACAGGGGAGAAACCUUACAAGUGUGAGGAGUGCAGCAGGCAGUUCAGUCAGUUCUGUAAUCUGAAGAAACACAUGCGGACUCACACAGGAGACAAACCCUACAGGUGUGAGGAGUGCAGCAGGCAGUUCAGUCGGCUGGAUGAGCUUAGAAAACAUAUGCAUACUCACACAGGGGAGAAACCCUACAGGUGUGAGGAGUGCAGCAGGCAGUUCAGUCAGCUGGGUCAUCUGAAGACUCACAUUCGGACUCACACAGGGGAGAAACCCUACAGGUGUGAGGAGUGCAGCAGGCAGUUUUGUCGACCGGAUUCUCUGAAUACUCACAUGCGGACUCACACAGGUGAGAAACCCUACACGUGUGAGGAGUGCAGCAGGCAGUUCAGUGAGCUGGGUGCUCUGAAGACUCACAUGCGGACUCAUACAGGAGAGAAA